AUGGCUACCAAAUCGGAGCCGCAAAAUCCAGAUUCUGGAGGGUCUUCUGGAGCAUCACCAGUCAGUGCAGUAGCUUUGAAACUCCCACCGUACUGGCCCAACGACCCGGUGAUAUGGUUCGCACAAGUUGAGGCGCAGUUUCUUACCCGGGGCAUCAAAUCGGAGCUCACGAAAUACUCGUACGUGAUCGCAUCUCUACAACCAUCCAUUGCGCAGGAAGUAAGGGACUUGUUAGUCAACCCACCGGCUGAUAACCCAUAUUCCAAACUGAAGGAGGAGCUCAUCAAACGCACUAGCGAGUCGGAGCGAAAGCGCCUCCAAAAACUGUUGACUACAGAAGAGCUUGGAGAUAAGAAGCCCUCGCAGUUACUUCGCACCAUGGAACAACCUCGCACCUCGGCAAUAACACACUGGAGCCUGCAAUCCUGA